AGAGUACAGUGUUGCCCACAAAAAUGUCCAGAGAAAUGGGCUUGGUGCAACUCACCAUUGUACAAUUUGCAGUAUAAUAAUACCCAAAUUAAAUCUAAUAUUCUAAGUUGGGAAAAGUUUAAUAUGAGCUAAGAGCAUAUAAAAUAGUAUUUUUUUUUAUAUAUUAAAAAAAGAGUAUGAUAAUAGACAUGGGGACAAGCAUUAUAAAAAUAAUCAUGUCCUUUUUCAUAUUUUGUCCUUAUUAUAUUACAUCAUCUUGCAAUAAUUACUUAAUUACUCAAUUACCACUCCCCAUCAUUAUUUAUAUAUAUAUAUAAUAUACACUCUCUCCUAGCAACUCUAAGAAAAACAUCAAACUAAAACCAAACCAUAUUACUCUCUUUUUCUUCUUUGCAUUUUGGCUGCUCUGUUUCAGUGUGGUCCUUCUUCUGUUUUGAAUAAAGUAUUGUUCUUUGUUCUUUUUAUAUAUAUAAAUUUUUCUAGUGGCUUUGAGAAAUGUAUGCAGAGGCAGGGCUUUUGUUCCCUUGUUUCCAGAAUUUUUCUCAAGAACUUCAGCAAUAUGAUGAAUUUUGCAGAACAGAGAAGUCUAAUGUUUCAAUGAGUAACAUGGUUCAGGUUUCCAUGAUAUCAGAAUAUGACAUGGGAGCAGAAGGUGAUCUAUUCAAAGCUCCAGAACCAAUUAUAGAAGAAGCAGCCAUGGGACUUGAUCCAGUGACAGCAGCAGCUAUUUCAAUGGUAUCUUGUGGAGAAGAUGUCAUAUCACGGCAAGCACUCAAGGUUGCAGACAUUGAAUCAUUUCAAAAGGAGCAGCUUUUGAGUGAGGUCUUGUAUGAGUGUGAAAAGGAUCUGUUAGAACAAGCAGCCAUGGAUAUGCCACUGUCUGAAGUCCUGGAUAUUAAGAUUCCUUCUCUAAGGAUAGACGAAAACUUCAUCCAAGAAAACAAACUGUUUUCAGAUUCAUCAUUCCAGAAAAGCAUCAGCUCAGAAUGUUUAAGCUCAAUGGAGUGGAUGCAAGGACCUGUGACUAAGCCAAAUUUCCUUGAUUUCCCAGGAAUGGAUCUCGGUGCUGCUGCUUAUGGAAUGCGCCGUGCAUUUAGUGAAGGAGACAUUAAGACUCUUGGCAAUGGUAACAUAAGCCUCAUCCAUUCUCCCCAGCAGCCGAUGAUCAUCAGCAAAAGCAUCUCGGAGGAACGCAAGGAAAAGCUUUCGAGAUACAGGAAUAAGAAGACAAAGAGGAACUUUGGCAGGAAAAUCAAGUAUGCUUGCAGGAAGGCUCUUGCUGACAACCAACCAAGGAUUCGAGGAAGGUUUGCGAAAACCGAAGAAUCUGAUGGAAAGAGGCAAUAACUUUGAUUUUUACAUAAUAAGAUUGAGAAUCAUCUUAGGAAUAAAGUAGCUAGGUAGGUCCUGGUCCUGUGAUGUUUCUCAAUAAACCCCCUCAUGAUCAUCCUCCUCCAAAAUUCUGCAUAGUAGUAGAUAUGUUUUAUUGCUGUAAUAACCUCCUCUGUUGACCAACUUUGGCCUUGUAGAGUUGUAAAUAGGGUAUAAUUAAUAAUAUGCUAAAUAAAAAGGGGAGACCAAAACAAAGCUGUACUUGUUCAUAUAAUAUGUUAUGAAAUGUAAUAUGUUGAGUUUUUUUUCCUA